UCAUCUGUGGGAAAAAAGUUCAGAACUCUUUAUUGUCCAAUGAUUCAUUUUGAUCUUCAUUGCUGUUUGAUAUUUUGAGGUUGUUGUUUGACGAUGGUGCUUUAUCAUAUCUUUAUUUGCUCACCUCCCAGAGUUAGAUGUAUCACAGAGGGAGCUGGAGCAAGAUGAUGAUUAGCUUACUAACAGGAGAACAGACCAUUACUGUACGUCUACCAACAUCUCUGAAGCUCACAUGCUACAAAUGUAAAAAUGACCAUCUGGUGUUUCCUGAUAAACAACUCUUUCUUUUUUGUUCGCUUUCUGUUUGUUCACUUGAACACAUGAAUCUUUGUUGUUUUCAUAGAAAUGAACACAGAGAAAGCAGCAGCAGCACCCGGAGGCGGCAAGUCUUCUCCUCCCAAGUCCACGCAGAAGGAGAGCAGGCAGUUCAAGAGCAAGGCUCCCAAAGCUGGACAGAAGGGAUUUGAUGAUGGUCUGGGGAUGGAGGGCGUUGGAGAGGUCAUCUGCCCCUGGGAGGUGUUUGGUGACAUGGAGCUGAAUGAUCUGGCGCAGUUUGGCAUCGUUUAGGCCUUGUGCCAAAUGGAAACGGUUUAUUCCUGGUGGCUGCGAUCCACCUUUCUUUUCUGCCUCCCCCUCCAUGAGUGGAGGAAGAAGCUUUUGGACAGCAGCCCCCAAGGAUGACACCUCUUCGGUCGUGGGCCGGUGCACCUCAUCACCUGGAAGCUUUACCAUCUCUCCGAGCUCUAUAUUAUCUUUCAUUACAUCUGAAUGAGACCUCAGGAAGUCUCUGCCUUGUAGCCCUGAGUAGCCCGGCACCUGUGUAAAAGUGUAACACACUGUACCGCUGCUUGGGCGUAUUUAAAGGGACGAUCAGUGAACAACUGGGAAUCCAUAAAUAUUUUAGUGAAAGUGUGUAGAUCAAUCUAUUUAUCUAUAUUUAAUCUAUCUAUCUAUC